CCUUGCGAACUAUGACGUAACUUCCUAUGCAGAUCCCAAUUCUCGCGCAGCCUCGAUGUGAACUUCCUUUUCUGCUAGAUCGCCAUCAUGGGUCGUAUGCACGCUCCUGGAAAGGGCUUGUCCCAGUCGGCGUUGCCGUACAGGCGUAGUGUCCCCACGUGGUUGAAACUGACAUCUGAUGACGUCAAAGAACAGAUCUUCAAACUGGCCAAGAAGGGUCUGACCCCCUCUCAGAUCGGUGUGAUCCUGAGGGACUCCCAUGGUGUCGCCCAGGUGCGUUUUGUCACCGGCAACAAAAUCCUGAGGAUCCUCAAGUCCAAGGGCCUGGCCCCAGACCUGCCCGAGGACCUGUACCACCUGAUCAAGAAGGCCGUCGCCGUGAGGAAGCACCUGGAAAGGAACAGAAAGGACAAGGAUGCCAAAUUCCGUCUGAUUCUGAUCGAAAGCAGAAUCCACAGACUGGCCCGUUACUACAAGACCAAGAGAGUACUCCCACCCAACUGGAAGUACGAAUCCUCCACUGCCUCUGCUCUGGUGGCAUAAGUUUCUUCGCUUUUUGGACAAAUAAAAGACUUUUGGAAGGAG